AUGUCAGCCUCCGUAAUCAACUCACUCGCUUCCGCGAACCAGGUGAGCCCCACUUUGUGUGACGGCGAUCGAGCGCGAUCUCAAAGACGAGCCACAAGAACCUGAUGACGCUGAUUGAUGUGCUUGCGCUUGUCUACUCAGUCUCUGCUCGAAGCUAAAGCUGCUAAAGGUGAGGAACACUGGACGUUGCGUUGUGCAGCCUUGGUCACUUGGCCAAAGCUUCAGUACUGAGCUGUGGACGUCUCGAGCAGGCCUCACCUUCGAUCAAAUCGCGAAGGAGCUUGGCCGCAACGAGAUUUACGUAGCCGCGGUGUUUUACGGGCAGGUCAGGAAGAAGAACUUGGUGGCUCAACUGAUUCGGUUUGGGUGAAGCUGACAUGCCAUUCCUUUCUAAACCUCGACUUGAACGCUCUUCAACUGACAGGCCAAACCUACCAAAGAGGACCUCGAGGGCUUGUCGAAAUGUUUGGGAGUUGACCACAACGUACGUGUACCAAAGUCAAAGGUUGAUUCUUCUUCUUUCGACCCGCUGAAACUUAACUGCGUUGAUCGUGCAUUGGUUGAUGAUACCGUGCAGUCGCUCGUCUCGACGAUGGGACAACACUUUUACCCCGAGCGAGGUCUCGGCGUUAUGCCACCUACGGAUGCGCUCUUGUACCGUCUCUACGAAAGUACGUACGACCAUCCUACAAAGACACAAUGAAGCACACCCUUGGAUCUGACACUCCCUCUCCCUCUCUCCACAAGUCAUCCUCGUCUACGGCUACCCUCUCAAAUCCGUCAUCCAUGAAAAGUUCGGCGACGGCAUCAUGUCCGCGAUCGAUUUCCGUGCCAACGUCGAGAAGGUCAAUGAGGAAGGCGCGGAUCGGGUCAAGUUGACGUUCGUGGGAAAAUGGUUGCCGUACAAGAAGUGGUAG